AGGAAGUGUGUAUAUAAUAGCACUUGCCAAGUGCCUUGGCAUACUCAGCCAUGCUUCUCCAUCUCUUAGGUGUGACACUAUUGGCUGUUUUUGCAACAGCUGAAAAUGAAGAUAUCAAAAUAGAAUGUAAGCCAGACUCUGUAAACAUCACAUGGAUCAUCAGUGAGGAGCUGGUGCCAUACUCGACGUAUCUUUUCCUUGGAAACUGCAUACGGUCCGAUGCGACGACUUUGCCAACGGGAGACUGGGCACUACAUUUUCACUACAAAUUCCGAGACUGUAAAUUUAAGAAAAAGAUAAAGGGGAAACAUCUGAUCUAUCAAAAUGUGAUGACCUACAAGCCUGGAGCAAAGUCACAGCCACCACUAUAUGAGUAUUUCUUUGAAUGUGUCCAGAAAAGGCCAAAAGGGUGGUUUCCUCCAUUCCUGAACCCAGGUGCCAGUGUUUCUGUAGGGCGUGGUGGCCUCGUCUUCCGUAUGGCACUCCUCAAUGAACAAAUGACAGGCAUAGCAAAAUCGAAUGUAAUCCCGCUGGGCUCGCUCAUGCCCAUCUGGGCGGCUGUGGAGCAGAAAGCCCAUCAGCCGUUGCGGCUCUUCAUGGAGGAAUGUGUCGCAGCCCCCACUGCGGAGCUGAAGCCACAUCAGCAGGUUCAUCCCAUCGUUGUCAACAAAGGAUGUCUUAUCGAGAGCAACUCGGCGUUUGUCCCUCGAUACCAUUCAUCUGCACUUGUUCUUUCCCUGCAGUCAUCCAUGUUGGGUACUGGAAAGCUGUACAUUCACUGUAAACUUGUUGCGUGGGAUCCUGAAGUCCUUGAUGAAAGCAAGAAAGCCUGUCAAUAUUCCCAACAGAAUGGAGGAUGGGAAUUACUAGACGACCCAUCCCAGAACAUUCUGUGUAGCUGCUGUGAUCAGAUCUGCAAAACCCGGCCCAGACGAAGAGCUGAACAAAAAUUCCAUGGGCUGAGUCAACUUUCAGUGUUGGGACCGUUGGUCAUUGUGGAUAGGUUGGAGAGACGUCUGACCACAUAAAAAGAUGGAGGUGUUUGUUUCUGAUAUGAUGCAGAGAAUAAAAUAUUUUUGGACACAAUG